AAAAACAACCUGUCUCACCCUUACACAUCAGCAGUCACAGCAACACAUUGCCAGAUUGUGCACACUUUCCUGUUGCAGACAUCUCUCCUGACUUACAGUUGGCCUGACUACGAUGAAUCCUGAAGGGUAUCCUGCACAGUCUGGAGGACCUGCAGUGGUUAACACCACCACUGUGAACAUCGUCGCUGAACCCCCCAAGGACCACAUCAUCUGGUCUCUCUUAUGCUUCGUCUACACGAACCCCUGCUGUCUUGGACUGGUCGCUCUCAUCCACUCCAUCAAGGCCAGGGAUCGGAAAAUGGUUGGUGACCUGGAGGGUGCUCGACAAUAUGGCUUAUCUGCCCGAAACUACAACAUCGCAGCCACUGCUUUGUUUUGUUUGAUUAUGUUGAUUUUCAUAAUUUCUGUAUCUGUUAAUUCUGGGAAAUAAUGUCUGAAGGUAAUACAAGGAGCUAUUACAACACAAACUAUGGUGUGCCUUAGAAUAGUACUGGAGUCGACUGAUGCUGUGGCCCCAUGCUAUUGUUCCUCUGCCUGAUUCUUAUGCAAACAUUGUGGGGUUUUCAUUGCUUCAUGCUUAUUUCUGUUGAAAGUCCGCAGAGAAUUUAUUCUCUUUAAUUUGCUGUCUGCAGUUGACAUUAAAUCCAACUCUUGUUUUUUUAAUCAUCUGCAAUUGAGACAUUUUUUAUUUCAAAUAAAUAAUACUCGCUUGUU